GUUUUCUACUUGUCUUGAACGAAUCUCCUCGGACAAUGGGUUGGAUACUGGUACUCUUGCUUUUCGGUUUUGCAGGUGUUUUAGCUAAUAAGAAGGAACCUGAAAACUCCAAUCGCAAAGUAAUUAAGGGCAGAACCAUAUCGGUAAACACCUCCACAUCGGGAUUACACGAUGCAGUGGGAGGUACUCUAGUACCAGGAUCGGGAUUUCUUCAGCAAAUCGAAAUCGGCAACUUGCCACAUAUCAAGGGUCGGCCACUGCCGGACCUUGGUAACGAUGUUGUCAUCACGAGCGAGAGCACGCACUCGAAAAAUGGCCAGGAGAAUUCAGUUAUGUCCAAAGUACAAUCGCUGACGAAAAAGCCCAGCAAAAGAUCUACACCACACAAAUUGAUUGCUGCGAAAGCUCCCCCAAAAUCAUCGGCAGUAGAAUAGGCCUUUAACCAAACAAAGUUGGUGCUAGUGAUGGAUCUACGCCCAUUUUUAAAGUUUGAUGCAGUCCCAGUUUAUUCAAAGGUCCACGUCUUAGUCCACAAAGGAAAUCAAUAAAAGCAUAAUACCCUUUCUUAUGGUUUUUAA